GGACCGAGCGCGGAGCCCGGGCACCAUGGCCCGGCUGCGGAUCGCGGUGAUCGGCGCGGGCGCCAGCGGGCUCGCCAGCAUCAAGAGCUGCCUGGAGACGGGGCUGGACCCCGUCUGCUUUGAGAGGACCGGCGACCUCGGGGGGCUCUGGAGGUUCCAGGAAAACCCUGAGCAAGGCAGGGCCAGUAUUUACCAGUCAGUGGUUAUCAAUACCUCUAAGGAGAUGAUGUGCUUCAGCGACUUCCCCAUUCCAGACCACUUCCCCAACUUCAUGCACAACUCCCAAGUCCUGGAGUACUUCCGGAUGUAUGCCAAAGAAUUCGACCUUCUCAAGUAUAUCCGGUUCAAGACGGCCGUGUGCAGCGUGAAGAAGCAGCCUGACUUCUGUACGUCGGGCCAGUGGGAGGUGGUCACCGAGUGUGAGGGGACAGAGCAGGUGGAGGUCUUCGAUGGAGUGAUGGUUUGCACAGGCCACCACACUGAUGCUCACCUGCCCCUGGACAGCUUUCCUGGAAUUGAGAGAUUCCAGGGACAAUACUUCCACAGUCGAGACUACAAGAACCCCACAGGGUUCAAGGGGAAGAGAGUCAUCAUCAUUGGCAUUGGAAAUUCCGGAGGGGAUCUGGCUGUGGAGAUCAGCCACACUGCCAAGCAGGUGUUCCUCAGCACCAGGAGAGGAACUUGGGUCCUCAACCGUGUGGGCCAGAAUGGAUAUCCCUUUGACAUGGAAGUGUCCUCUAGAUUUUGGCAAUUUUUAUCAAAGAUGUGUGGCCCCUCACUUUCAAGUUCAUAUUUGGAAAGACGGAUAAACCAACGCUUUGACCAUGAAAUGUUUGGCUUGAAACCUAAACAUAGAGCUCUGAGUCAGCAUCCAACAGUAAAUGAUGAGCUGCCAAAUCGUAUCAUUUCUGGCCUGGUGAAAGUGAAAGGAAAUGUGAAGGAAUUCACAGAGACAGCAGCCAUAUUUGAAGAUGGCUCCAGGGAGGAGGACAUUGACGUUGUCAUCUUUGCCACGGGCUAUAGUUUUGCCUUUCCUUUCCUUAAGGAUGAUUCUGUCAAAGUGGUCAAAAAUAAGGUCUCCCUGUAUAAGAAAGUUUUUCCUCCUCACCUGGAAAAACCAACACUUGCAAUCAUAGGCUUGAUCCAGCCUUUGGGAGCCAUCAUGCCCAUUGCAGAACUCCAAGCACGCUGGGCCACCCAAGUGUUCAAAGGGCUAAAGAAAUUGCCCCCCAAAAGUGAAAUGAUGGCAGAAAUAAUUAAGGCUCAAGAGGAAAUGGCAAAAAGGUAUGUGGACAGCCAGCGCCACACCAUUCAGGGAGACUACAUAGAUACCAUGGAAGAGAUGGCUGAGUGUGUGGGUGUCAGGCCCGACCUUUGGUCUCUGGCCUGCACUGACCCCAGGCUAGCACUAAAGGUCCUAUUUGGACCCUGCACUCCUGUCCAGUACCGUCUCCAGGGUCCUGGAAAGUGGGACCGAGCUCGAGAAACGAUCUUAACCACAGACGAUCGAGUACGAAAGCCUCUGAUGACCAGAGCAGUGGAAAGGAGUCACUCUUCAUCUUCAGUGAUAACCAUGAGCAGAUUCAUUCUAGCGGUGCUUCUCUUUGCUGUCAUUAUGGCUUAUUUUUAGAUGAACUGUGGUCAAAGCUCUAGCUUCACCAGAGAUGCCUUCAGGUCCCUUGACAAGACUGAACGCCCAGCUUCAUAUUGCCCAAACACCAACCUUCAUUUCUCUUCCACAAGCAUUAAUCCUCUUCCUUUUCCCAUACAGUGAAGUCUAUCUUUCUAGUAGCUCAUCUCCCUUCUUUUUAUCUAUCACUUUUUCCUGUGGCAGGUUCUAGACUGUGAGAUCAGGUUUUCUUUUUCUUUCUCUUCCCCUCCCUCCCUUCCUUCCCUCUUUCCCUUCCUCCCU